AUGAACCCACCAGAGAAAGUUGACAUUCGAUCAACAGACGGGGCAUCCGUCAUCUAUAGGGAUGUCAUCUCACUCAAUUCACCCCAGGAAGAAAUACGCGUGCUUCAUCUUGAAAGCGGCUCAGGAUCUUCCUUGCUGAAAUGCACACUUCAUCGCGUCUCUCUUCAGUCUGUCCAGGCCCCAAGUUACGAAGCACUCAGCUACACUUGGGGGAAUGAAAAUGACAGAAGAGCAGUUGUCGUAAACGGCUAUCUAGUUGAUGUUACCUUCAAUCUCUAUUCUGCCCUUUGCCGGCUUCGGAGAGAGGAUGGUACCCGUGUCCUAUGGAUAGAUGCUCUUUGUAUUAACCAGACUGACCUGGAUGAGCGCGCUCAACAGGUAAGGUUGAUGAGAAACAUCUAUACCAUGUGUGACCAAACCGUUAUAUGGAUAGGCGAGCCGCUAGAAGACUUGCUGCCCACCUGGGAGAUCUUGAAUGAAGAUGACUCGACCUCAAUCGACCAGAUCUUUCAUGCGUUCGCCAAUCUCAGGCUAUUAUCUAGUGGUCAUCUUUCAGAACAGCCGCUCUUCAUAGACAUGACAGGAGAAGAGUUUUCCUAUUACAUUCCUUGGUGGACCAGAGUUUGGACUGUCCAAGAGAUUAUCCUUCCUCCUAAAGCUACAUUUAUUUAUGGGCCCAUUUCAGUCGACAUGUCGUGUCUUCUAGAAGCGUUUGCUAACCUCUCUCGCCACAUGUUUGAGCCUUGUUGUUCGGAAGUGUUUUCCAGAUGCAACUUCAGAGUCAGAAAAUGUUUCAGAAAGCUAGGGAGCGUUCUAACCAAUAUAAAGAAUAUGAGAACUAGCCAUGACAAUGGUACUAAUGUAGAUCUUUGGGAGGCAUUGACUACAUUUCGCGCUCGGCAUGCGACAGAUCACCGGGAUAAAGUUCAUGGUAUUCUCGGUCUAGUUAAUUCGUGGUUGGGGCAACCUAUCGUCCCUAAUUACAGGACCACAACUGAAGCCAUAUACUGUCAGGCAGCCAUCUUUACUGCAACAGGGUCUCAAUCCCUGCUCCCUCUACAUUUUCCACUUCAAAAGCACGCCUGUCCCAACCUUCCCUCAUGGUGCGUGGACUGGACUGCAGCCAGUGGUCUCGCUGAUCAGCUCAACGUCUAUCAGUGGAGCCAACAGCCGUUCAAAGCUUUUUCGAUCCAGCAAGCGGAUCGCUGUCAUAUAGUUCCUCAUGCCGACAACCGCAUCCUCGAAGUCCGCGGGCGUCGUUGCGAUAGAGUGGCAUCAGUGGGCAAAAUAUGUCAGGGAGAUGAGCCCAAUGAGAAACGUAAGGCAUAUUGCGAUUGGUUUCUCCUCGCGGAACUUCAUCGAGACCCCUCGAGGAUGUAUCGUUCCGGGUGCUCUUAUUUUGAAGCCUUCUGGAAAUGUCUGUGUUGGGACAUGAUCCUGCAUAUGUCAGAGACUGCAGGAUGGAUCAAUGGCUUGACUUUAAAUACGACCUUUUUUGUGACGGAUUCAGGGUACUUAGGCCUCGGUCCGCCUGGAACAAACGUAGGAGACGAGGUGUGGUGUUUGUUUGGUGGUCAUAUGCCCUUCAUUCUCAGACCGGUAGCAACAACACGGGAGGCGGUUUUGGGGCCGGGCCAAAAACGCCUUCAUCAAGUCCUUGGAAUUUGCUACGUGCAUGGGAUUAUGAAUGGUGAAGUCACAAACGAUGAGAGUAUUCCAGAAGAGGUGCUGUACUUGGCCUGA